AUGACGUCGGCGAAACGACGAAAGGCGCGACGGGAGAGGGAAGGACGGUCGGGACGGGGGACGGCGGCGGUGACGUCCAAGUUCGCCGUGUGCGGGACGGUGUUCGAGGUGGACGCCAAGUAUGCGCCCAUAAAACCGAUCGGGAAGGGGGCGUACGGGGUGGUGUGUAGCGCGAGAGAGUUGGAGACGAAUAGAAAGGUGGCGAUUAAGAAGAUUGUGAACGCGUUCGAGAACGUGGUGGACGCGAAGCGGACGCUGCGGGAAAUCAAGCUGUUGCGACACUUGAGGCACGAGAACGUGAUCGAUAUCAUCGAUUGCGUGAAACCUCGCGCGAAGGAUGCGUUUGAGGACGUUUAUUUGAUGUACGAUCUCAUGGACACCGAUUUAUACCAAAUCAUUCGCAGUUCGCAGUCGCUGACGGAUGAGCACUGUCAGUACUUUGUCUAUCAGAUUUUGCGCGGGUUAAAGUACAUUCACAGCGCCGACGUGCUGCAUCGAGACUUGAAGCCUGGAAAUUUAUUAUUGAACGCGAACUGCGAUUUGAAGAUUUGUGACUUUGGAUUGGCGCGCACCGCGCUCGUGGACGCGGAGGCGUCCGAGUUCAUGACGGAGUACGUCGUGACGAGGUGGUAUCGCGCGCCCGAGCUGUUGCUCUCUUGCGCCGAGUACACGAGCGCUAUCGAUGUGUGGAGCGUCGGUUGUAUCUUCGCCGAGUUGCUCGGGCGAAAGACGCUCUUUCCGGGGAAAGAUUACGUGCACCAAUUGAAUUUGAUCAUGCGCGUCAUCGGAACGCCGCAAAACCCAUCCGAGCUUGAUUUCAUCAACAACGAAAAGGCGAAGCGUUACAUCAAAUCACUUCCAGUCACCGCGCGAUGUAGCUUUCAAAAGUUGUUCCCCAACGCUUCGCCCAAGGCGGUGGACUUGGUGGAUAAGAUGCUCGUGCUCGACCCGGCGAGGCGCAUCACCGUCGAGGAGGCGUUGGCGCAUCCAUACCUGGAAUCGCUUCACGAUGAAGUCGACGAACCGUGCGCUGAGUCGCCGUUCACCUUCGACUUUGAAGACGGUGCCCAAUAUCUGACAGAUACCGAUGUUCGAGGUUUGAUUUACGACGAACUGUGCGCGUUGUCCGCGGAAUUCGAAGCGGCAAAACUCGCACAACUUUCGCUCGGCGGCGAUGGACAAGACGAAGGAAAUGAACUCUCUGAACUGCUACUAUAA